CCACCUCAAGCCAGGGCCAGUCUGACUUGACUGAGCUGCCAGGGCUCCCAGGAUCAUGACCUAUAAAAUGCUUCAAGUAGCCCUGUGUUCAACAUUGCUUAUAGGAGCACUAGGAGCACCAUUUUUAUGGGAGGACCCAGCAAACCAGUUCCUACAUCUCAAAAGACACAUAAAUUUGCAAGAUUACUGGGACUCAGAUCAUAGUCCAAAUGCAUGGGGGAAAACAUUGGCUGAUCAGGCUCUUGAAACAUGGCAUGCUUUGAAAACAACUGCCCAGUAUUAUUUGGGUGUGAAUAUCUUCACCUAUGACAUUUCCUCUGUCCAAUAAAUGUGCUCUACCGAUGAAAGCAGAAGAAGGAUGGUGGCAAUCAGCAUGGCAAUAUGCCAAACCCAUGGAAGAGCUGGGGGCAAAUCCAUGCCAUUUCUAGAUUAUUUAUUAUGUCUGUCUUAUAGAGUUGAUGAAAGGAGUAAUGAAAAUCCAUGUAAAGGCUUGGAACUAGAAGUUCUCAAUAAAUUGUAGCUCUUGAAACGAGAACCAAAUAAAAGUAUAGUAAUAAUAUUUACCCAAAUGUGAACUUUUGUGAGAAAAGAAAAGCAAAAACCAAAAAAAAAAAAAAAAUUAGUGUCAGUAGUUUAUACCUGUUGCUUCCUACUACCUUUUAUUUAAAAGGGCUACUUAGAAGUUUUGCAAAAUGUGUGCAAGUUUCUACCCUCUGUUCCAUAAUAUACUGAUUUUGUUUUAACUUCAAGUAGUCAUUGUAACUUAUUGUC